UUAAUAAAAUUGUAUAACUUAAAAAAGUAAUUAAAAAAAAAAAUAAAAAAAUCUAUAUAUUUUUUCAAUCUAAAUUAUGCAGUGCCUCGAAUCAGAUAUCAAUGAUACACAAUUUAACUUGCUUGCCAAUGAGGUGGCGAAAGAAUGUCGCAGAGUUGUUGCUACCAAGCAGCCAGCCCAGCCCUGUGAUAGGCCUAACCGGAAACCAUUAACUCUUGAUACAUUCUGCAACCACAAUGUGAAUAUUCAAUACAAAUAUGGCGAUAGUAAAGAUGAGACACCAAAGGGGUGUGGAAUUUGUGUAAAAAUGGACAAGAAAGGAGGGAAAGAAACGCCAUGCCAGCUUUGUAAAAAAAAGGAGAUGACGCGGGAUGAGAAAUUGGCAGAAGCUAUAAAGUGCAUUUCCAGUCCUCUACCUAGCUAUUUUAACGAAAAGAAACGUUGUGAUCCUAUGAGCGUAUGCUGCCGUAUGUUAGGGGGCGUCAAAAAGUGCCCAAGCAAGGACAAUCUAUACUCGUGCACUGAGCCUGAACCAACCACCCAGAUAAACAAAUUCGCUAUAAACUAUCCCCCAAAUAAGUUAACUGUGCGAGUCGAGCUGCAUAAUAAUCCCAAAUGUAAGGCGAAUUUCCGUUGUCAAGGCACUGUAGAUGAAGGCGAUUGUCAUAAAUUCAAACCAAACUACAGAGAACUACCUUUGACUGAGAAAUUCUAUUCGAAAUACGAACAUUUGGAAAGCUGCGACACACCAGACGUCAGGCAUUAUGAAAAUGAAUUAGAUAAAAUUACAAACUAUUUUGCUCGAGACAUUUUUUGUGUACCACGAUAUACGAAUCAGUAUUAUGGUUGGCUGGAUAGCAAGAAUAUACAACAUUUAGAGUUUUGCGAUGCAAGUCGUGUGUGUGCCCCCAAAGUGCUACACAACUUAAAGACGCUGGAGAGUAGGCGUUUCGACCCUAUUCAGUUGCAGUAUUGCCUGUGUCAUGAUAUGAUUAAGCAAAUGGAUCAUUGGAAAAUUGUUUGAGAAUUAAAACUACACAGGCACAUUGUAAUAAAAGACAAAUUAAAUUAAUUUAAUUAAAUUAGUCGGCAUAAGUGAAUAUCCUACAUGAUUUAGCAUAUGAAUUGGAAACAUUUGAUAAAAAUUAAAACAAAAAUAUCGUAAAAAAAACUAUAGUUGAUAUUAACAUUAACUCAUCUUUACUUAUAUAUAUCUCAGUAAUUU